UCACAUGGAAAAAGACUCUCAGCCCAGUACUGAGCUGCUGGAGCCUGUCAACCUGCUCCUAACAGUGAAGAGAAACCUGGCUGCAGCAUGGUACCAGAAGAUGGCCUCCGUGGAGGUAGAGGGAGACCUCAAGCCCAUGAAGGUUGCCCUGAGUCAGGACGACCUAACAGUUCUGUUGAGGAUCCUGAUGGAGAACAUUGGAGAAGCCAGCGGUCUGCAGCCAGACCAACACACCAGCCCCGACACGACAGCCCUGACACACAAGACCACGCUGAUGCUCAAAACAGACUACGCCAAAGAUGGUGUUGAGAACACGGUUGAACUUCCAGAACAACAGGUAGAAGAGGAACCCCUGGAAACCAUGAAGUUUAUCUUCAACAUAGAGUCCCUGGGACUGGUCCUGUACAGCAAUGACCCUAAACAGGUAUCGGCUGUGUCUCAACACCAGGAGAGGCUGUGUCUGGGCGAGUUGACCUUUCACCUGAUGAAGGCUUCAGGGAAGAUGUUUAAUAACGGGUCCAUGGAGGUCUCUACCAUCCUCACAGCCUGCACCCUGGACGACAUGAGGACAGGCGUACAGAGAGUUACCUCUCGGAUGCUGGGUAAGCGUGACGAGGCGAGCGAGGAAGCCAUGAUCGACGUGGCGUACACGCAGAGCGCCGGCGAGCGCCAGGUGGUGGCGGUGGUACAGAAGCUCUAUCUGUGCGCCAGCGUUGAGUUUCUCAUGGCAGUGGCAGACUUCUUCAUCCAGGCCCUGCCCCAGAGCUCUGCCCAGGACGUGCCCACUAACACCAAGCUAGCCCUGCCAGGCCUGGCCAAGACCUCCCAGCUACCCCUCAAACAGCUGGCCGAGCUUCGGGAUAGAGCCAACACUGACCCCAGAACAGGCUCCAGUCCCAGGACCAAGCUGCGUGCCGUCAUCCUAGACCCAGAGGUGGUGUUUGUGGCGAACCUGAUGAGAGCCGACGCUCCGGCACUGGUAGCCUCCUUCCAAUGUGACUUCAGUCUGAUGCUAGAGCCUGGGGGAGGGCCCCCUGGGGGAGGGCCCCCUGGGGGAGGGCCCCCUGGGGGACAAAGCAUGACGGCCAACCUCAGAGAGCUCAAAGUUCUGGCCUGUCCCUUCAUCAGGACCAAUGAGACCAAGGUGGUCACCACGGUGCUACGUCCGUGUUCUGUCUUCCUGGAAACCAAAACCCGCCCCAACCAACCCCUUUCCGGCCGCGUGACUGUGGAGGAAGUCAUUAUCAAAAUCUCCCCUGUCAUCCUGAACACAGUGAUGACCAUCACGGCAGCCAUGACGGCGAAACCCAAAGACGAGGCAGCAGAGGAGGAGAAGACUGAGGUUGGCAACCUGUGGUCCACCAUGAACAUCUACGCCUGCAACUACUGGUUCCUGGGAGUGGACUCUGCCAGCGAGGUGACGGAGAGAUUCAGUGACCAGGACGGCCGUAACUUUGGGGAGAGUUUCGAGGUGGACGUGAAGGUCAUUCAGGUGACCCUGGAGUCUGGUCUGGGCCACAGGACGGUCCCUCUGCUGCUGGCUGAGAGCUCUCUGUCUGGGACGGCCAAGAACUGGUCCUCCCUCCUCUACCUCUGCUCUGACAUGACCCUCGAGGUGAACUACUUCAAUGAGACCCAUGCUGUCUGGGAACCGCUGAUAGAGAGAGUGGAGGACGGCAAACGCAGGUGGAACCUCAAGCUAGAGAUGAAGAACAACCCCGUGCAGGAUAAGAGCCCUGUUCCCGGGGAUGACUUCGUGGUUCUCCCCGAGCCACGCACCGCCAUCAACAUCUGUUCCAAAGACACCAUGAACAUUACCGUCUCUAAGUGCUGCCUCAAUGUAUUAACCAACCUGGCCAAGGUAGAGACACACACACACCAACACACACACACACACCGACACACACACCAACACACACACACCAACACACACACACACACCAACACACACACACAAACACGCAAGCCGGCACACCUGCGUACUAUGUUGAUGGCGGUGCGUGGCUCGGGAGAACCACGAGGUCAUCCCCGGGAACAGGGGCUCUUAUCCUGCACGGGGUUGUUCUUCAUCUGCAGGAGGGAGGAGGAGGAGGACGACACGGUGAACACAAACACUGAACACUGA